CUCCGGGCUCCUCUGCCCCCCAGAAUGGAGCCACAGCGGGCGUAAGGGUGCAAGGCUGGCUGCUCCGCCCAGGCCCUAUGCCAGGGCACCAUGUCUCACGGCUGCAACCAGUGCCCACACGGCCCCUGUGCCCACGGCCCAGCAGGAAGCUGCAGCUGGGCCUGCGGGCAGCACACGGGCAUGUGGGAAUGGGAUCACAGCGUGUGCCCUGCCGCAGACAGCCGCACCCGGGGCCCCGAAGGGGCGUGCUGGGGCUGGGAGGGUGCCAAGCCCAGCCCUCCGCCUGCGACAGGGGUCUCUCCGCCCGGUGGGCGCCCGUACCCAGGGGACACGCUCUCCUGCAGCGCGGCCCAGGGGCGGCAUCUCCAGCCAGGCCAGGCACACUGCGGCUGCUGCAGCUGGCGCGCCGGAGGUGGGAGGAUCGAGCGAGACACCUGCUGGGCCAAGGUCUGGCCGAGCCUGACCCGUCCCCAGGUCCCCCGGCAGCAAGAGGCGGCGGCAGUGGACAGCGACGGCAGGGGCGCCAAGCCAUGCCCAUGCCAAGCAGCGCUGCCCUGCGGCCUGGGGGCACCGUCACGCUCCGCAGACAGCCUGGACAGCUGUGGGUUCUCCACUGCCACCUCGUCCCUCAGCACCCCCAGCCUCUGUGAGGGCAAAGCCAGGGCAGAUGAGAGGGCUCUGGCCUCUGCCCCAGACCUGGGGGGCUCAGCCGAGGAAACCAUCAGCUCCAUGCUGGGCUGCUGCGCCAUCAGCCCCGGGGCAGCAGCCCUGCCCCUCGGCAUCGACAGAUCCCCCACUUCCAACAGCACUGCGGCGCAGCUGCUGGAGGAGUUCCUGACCCAGAAGGCCCGAGCGAGAGACCCGGCCGCCCUGCCUGCCAGCACGGACGGAGGUAGCCCCCCAGGGCAGGGGGACGUCCUGCACAGAGCCUGCUGCCCCAGCCACCCCACCGCCUCCACCUCUCUGCAGCAGCUGUGGCACCACAACCACCGCUUCCAGCAGGCCAUGGCACGCUUUGAGAGCGGCACAGAGGCCUGUGGCUGGCAGAGCGAGCUGGGCCGGCUGCCGGCCAGAGAGACCAGGCAGGCGUGGGGCGCAGGGGGCACGCAGCACUGCAGCCAUAGCGGGGAAGCCAUGCGGGCCGAGCCACGUCCGCCCCACCGCAGCAUGGCAUGGGACUCUGCUGUGUGUGAUGCCAGGGGCCCUCCCUUCCACGCCACAGGCCUGCCCACGGGACACGGGUGCUGUGCCACCGUUGAAGUCGUGGGCAGGAGACCUCGACAGGACCAGGGCCGAGGCUGGAGCUCUGCAUUUCACUACUGCUGCCGCAAGCCCUGCAGCGACCGCGCCAGCCCCCGCCCAGCCUGGGAACCCCAGCGCGACGGCAGAGGCACCCAGGCGACCAGGGGGAGCCAUAGGGAAAUGGGUGGCACCCGCGAAUGGAUUGAGACGUGUCCCAGCGACCUGCCCGCCACGCACCUCAGCCACCACACAGUGCAGGCAGCGCUGAGACGGGCACACUCGAGCCACAGCACCCUGUGCCUCCAUGCCCAUAACACAGGCUCCUGGGCCAGCACCUCCUGCUCUGACCACACGCCGGGGAGCCCCUGCCAGGCAACCAGCAGAGCUGCCACGAGGCCCCGCCCAGGAGACUGCUAUGCCCCCCUCUGGCCUGGCAGGAGCUGCCCUUGGGAACCAGAGCCCAUGAUGACCCCCCAGACCCCCCAGCCACAGCCUGGCCCCAGGAAGCUGAGCUGCAGCGACACAGACCCUGCCGAGAGCCCGGAAGACGACUGCACCUGCACCUACUGCAUGAAACGGUGCCAGCCGGGCCGGUGCCCGGGGGCCUGGAGCCAGAGCCACCCCGCGCUGGGCGGGGACGAGCAGGACUCAGAGCACGGCUGCGAGCGGGAGCCCAGGAGGGAGCAGGGCUGGGACAGGGGGAUGGACGGGGACCAGGGACGGGGCCGUGAGAACAGGGUGUGGCUCAUUGCCAAGACCUUCGAGCGGCGAGCACAGCGCGAGGCUGAGCGAGCCAAGAGGGAGCGGAGGGCUCAGGAACACAGGGCUCUGAGGGCCCCAGGCAGCCUGGGCAGGGAGCCCCGGGGCCCCAGGGGCCGUUCCCAAGAGCCCAAGAGAGGCACCGCCCAGGUCAAAGACUCCAGGCUGCAAACGCCCCCGAGCCGGGCUGUCGCCAGGGCCCAUCCGCUGGGGCCACCCCACCCCAGGAGGGAAGCCAGAGCCCAGUGGAGGGACGGGCACCUCAGCUCCUGGCUGUGA